AUGCUCAUCACGAAUGCCUUCGAGGAGUCGGGAAAGAUCAAGGCGGCGGCUUCGCUGAACGAGCUCAAGUAUGGGUCCACCGGGCUGCUGAGGUUCUUCUCUGAUGAAAAGAAUUUCAUCCAGGACCAGACGAGCAACAGGCAGGACGACAGCGUACGAAGUUUCCCUUCUCCGUCAUGGUUCUUGGCGUCAUCUCCAGCGAGGGGGGACGUCUUCUUUCAAAAGGGCCUGAGAGUUACCGCUGAGAUCUACCAGGAGGUGCCGAGGAACGUGCAAGACUCCGCUUCUGCACACAAGGCCAAAACGACCCAGCCGAGGCUGCUCAACAAUGUUCCUCACCACUGGUUGUCGGACUUGUGGUUGCCCUCCUCACUCGACUGCAAAUACCUUGACUAUUUCUUCUGGGUCGUGAUCGAGGCCAAGACCAAGAAGCACGCCCACAACACGGUCGACUCUCCGAAGGCUGCCAUCGUGGAGGCGUUCGCCGCUAUGGACAAGGACAUGGUCGCCAAAGCGUCCUAUCUAUCUAUCUAUCUAUCUAUCUAUCUAUCUAUCUAUCUAUCUAUCUCAGUCUGUUCAUUAUCUAUCUAUCUCAGUCAGUUCAUAUCUAUCUAUCUAUCUAUCUAUCUAUCUAUCUAUCUAUCUAUCCCUAUCUAUUCUAUUAUCUAUCUUAGUCUAUUCAUUUCUGUUCAUUAUCUAUCUUAUCUAUCUAUCUAUCUAUCUCAUCUAUUCAUAUCUAUCUCAGUCUAUUCAUAUCUAUCUAUCUAUCUAUCUAUCUAUCUAUCUAUCUAUCUAUCUAUCUAUCUAUCUAUCUCAUCUAUUCAUUAUCUAUCUAUCUAUCUAUCUAUCUAUCUAUCUUCAUCUAUCUAUCUCAGUCUGUUCAUUAUCUAUCUCAUCUGUUCUAUCUAUCUAUCUAUCUAUCUAUCUAUCUAUCUAUCUCAUUUUUUAAAUCUUUCUCUCUCCCACUCCUCUCUCUCUCUUAUUCUAUUCAUGUCUACAAAUAUUUCUACCCCUAUUUAUCCCCGUCUGUUCCUAUCUAUCUAUCUAUCUAUCUAUCUAUCUAUCUAUCUAUCUAUCUCUAUCUAUCUAAUUCCAUUCUUUUGA